GUCUUAUGUGAAGAAAACCAAGAGCCUUUAAAGAUGGGAAAGAAGAAAUUCACUGGAUUAGAAAUCUCCCUGAUUACUUUCUUCCUUUUGCUUCUUAUCAUAACCAUUGCUUUGAUUGUACUUCUAGCAACAGGUUAUUCUGGUCUUAAAGCCUUCUCACCUACUUGUCCAGUUAUUCCUCUUCCUGAAAGAAUAGAUUGCAUCCCAGACCAAGUGGCAACAAAGGAUCUGUGUGUAUUCCGUGGCUGUUGCUGGGAUCCUCAGAAUGAAACACAUGUACCUUGGUGCUACUUUUCAAAAAAUCAUGGGUACCAAGUUCAAGGAAGAAUGUCAGAUACAAAUCCAGGAUUUGAAGCUACUCUAAUAAGACUACCUUCUCCAUCCCUGUUUGGAAAUGAUAUCGAAAAGCUUCACCUCACUGCAGAAUAUCAAACUGCACACCGAUUCCAUUUUAAGAUUACAGAUCCUGCCAACAAAGAUAGAUAUGAAGUCCCACAUGAAAAUGUUCAACCUUUUCAGGGAUCUAAAGCAACCAACUUAAUGUAUCGAAUAGAAGUCACAAACAAUCCUUUUGGAAUCAGUGUGAUCAGGAAUAUCAAUAAUAAAGUCCUCUUCAACACCAGUAUAGGACCUCUGAUAUAUGCUGACCAGUUCUUACAGCUUUCCAUUAGAGUGCCUAGCUGGAAUGUUUAUGGUGUAGGAGAACAUGUGCAUCGACAAUAUCGGCAUGAUUUUAACUGGAAAACAUGGCCUAUCUUUACCCGGGAUGCUUUUCCCAAUGGGGAUGUUCAAUAUACUGAUAUUGACUACAUGGAAGAUAAGAAAGAUUUUACUUAUGACAAGAUAAACUUUGCAGGCCUCCCUGAAUUUGUCCAAGACCUUCAUGACCAUGGGCAGAAAUAUGUCAUCAUACUGGAUCCAGCUAUUUCUGUCAACAACCUCAUGAACAAUACACCUUAUGAAGCCUACCUACGUGGUGAACAGAUGAAAGUUUGGAUAAAUGAGUCAAAUGGAAUAAGCCCUCUUAUUGGGGAAGUGUGGCCAGGAACAACUGUCUUCCCUGAUUUUUCUAGUCCUGAAGCUGUUCUGUGGUGGGCUUAUGAGUGCAACAAUUUUCACAAAACAAUCCAUUUUGAUGGACUUUGGAUUGACAUGAAUGAAGUAUCCAAUUUUGUCAAAGGAUCAAAAACUGGUUGUGCAGCAAACAAUUUAAACUACCCACCUUUUACUCCAAAAAUUCUGGAUGGAGUUAUGUAUUCAAAGACACUUUGUAUGGAUGCAGUCCAAAAGGCAGGGAAACACUAUGAUGUUCACAGCCUCUAUGGUUAUUUCAUGUCUAUAGCUACUGAUAAAGCGCUCAAGACUAUUUUCAGUGAAAGUAGAAGCUUCCUUCUUUCCCGAUCAACAUUUUCUGGUUCUGGAAAAUUCACAGGACAUUGGCUGGGAGAUAAUUUUGCAACUUGGAAUGAUAUUAAAUGGUCAAUACCAGGAAUAUUAGAAUUUGGUCUAUUUGGAUAUCCUUUUAUUGGGGCAGAUAUUUGCGGCUUCCUUGAAAAUGUCUCAGAAGAACUUUGCAGACGAUGGUUGCAACUUGGAGCAUUUUACCCAUUUUCUAGGAAUCACAAUGCUGCGGCAUAUGCUCCUAAAGAUCCAGCAUAUUUUGGACACAACUCACGUUUGGUGAAUUCAACGAAACACUACCUGACAAUACGUUACAGUUUGUUGCCAUAUCUCUAUACCCUGUUUUAUAAAGCACAUACUCAGGGAGAGACAGUUGCAAGACCUGUUCUACAUGAAUUCUACUCCGAUGAAGCCACCUGGACUAUAGACAGACAAUUCUUGUGGGGACCUGGACUACUUAUUACUCCAGUCUUAGAUCCGGGCGUUGAUAAGGUAACAGCAUACAUCCCUGAUGCUGUAUGGUAUGAAUAUGAGACAGGUAUAAAAACACCAUGCAGAAGACAAGAGUGUCAAAUGUUCCUUCCAGAAAACAAACUUGGACUUCAUCUUAGAGGAGGAUACAUCUUACCUAUUCAAGAACCAGCCAACACAACUGUUUACAGCCGUACAAAGCCUAUGGGACUUAUAAUUGCUUUAGAUGAGAAUGGAGAAGCAACUGGAGACUUAUUCUGGGACGAUGGAAUAACAAGAGAUACAGUCAGAAAUGAAAAGUAUCUCUUAUAUAACUUUACUGUCACAAAUAAAAUCUUAACUAUGGCAGUUACACGUAAAGGCUACAAAGAUCCAAAUAAUUUGAUCUUUGAGAACAUCAAGAUUCUUGGGCUACCCCUUGAGCCUUCAAAUGUGAAAGUAACUUCAAAUAAUGUGGCUCAGUCAUAUAAUUUGAAUGUCAAGUACAAUGCUGCAAACAAGGUUGCUUACAUAACUGGUCUUUAUCUUAAAUUGGGGGAAGAACAUACAAUAUCCUGGAAUCAGACUUUAAGAGAUAUUGACAAAUUUGAUUGUCAUCCUGAAGAACAUGCAUCAAAAGAAAAAUGUGAAGCUCUUCGCUGCAUAUGGGAACCUUCUCCUGUUGAUGACGUUCCAGACUGCUACUAUCCUCCUGACAAUGGUUACACGGUGGACCAAAUUGAAUAUACAUCAUCUGGUUUAACAGCCAAUCUUGGUAGAAACAUUGACUUUCUUAGAGUUUCAGGACGGCAAAUCCCCCUCAUUGACAAACUUCGUUUGGAAGUAAAAUAUCAUGACAAUAACAUGCUUCAGUUUAAGAUUUAUGAUUAUAAUAAAAAGAGAUUUGAGGUUCCAGUGCCUCUGAAUCUUCCCCAAACACCUAUAAGUACUUUGGAAAACCGUCUCUAUGAAGUGUCAAUUCAGAAUCACCCAUUUGGAAUUCAAGUUCGACGCAAAAGCACCGGAACAGUCCUUUGGGAUUCCCAGUUACCUGGCUUCACCUUCAGUGAUAUGUUCAUUCAGAUUUCCACUCGCCUACCUUCACAGUUUGUAUAUGGGUUUGGAGAAACAGAGCAUAAACAAUUUCGGCAUGAAAUGAAUUGGAAAACCUGGCCAAUGUUUGCAAGGGAUCAGCCUCCUGGGUAUAAAUUUAACACUUAUGGAGUUCAACCUUUUUAUAUGGGCUUGGAAGACGAUAGCAAUGCUCAUGGAGUCCUAUUGUUGAACAGUAAUGGAAUGGAGGUAAAAUUCCAGCCAACUCCUGCUUUAACCUACCGUACCAUUGGAGGAAUUUUGGACUUUUAUAUGGUUUUGGGCCCAACUCCAGAACAAGUUGUUCAAGAAUAUACCGCACUCAUUGGACGUCCAGUUUUACCUCCAUAUUGGGGUUUGGGAUUCCAGUUGUGUCGAUAUGGAUACAAAAAUGAUGCAGAAAUAUCUGAAUUGUAUGAUAACAUGAAAGCAGCUAAUAUCUCAUAUGAUGUACAAUAUGCCGAUAUUGACUAUAUGGAAAGGCAGUUGGAUUUCACUCUAAGUCCCAAUUUUACAAAUCUUCCAGCUCUGAUUAACAGAAUAAAAAAGGAUGGAAUGAGAUUUGUCAUCAUUUUGGAUCCAGCCAUCUCAGGAAAUGAAACUAAUUAUCCUGCUUUCACAAGAGGACUUCUGGAUGAUGUUUUCAUUAAGUGGCCUAAUAGCAAUGAUAUUGUGUGGGGAAAGGUGUGGCCAUAUUUACCUAAUAUUAUUAUAAAUUCAUCACUCAGCUGGGAUGAUAAAGUGAAAUUUUACAGUGCUUGGACUGCUUUCCCAGAUUUUUUUCGGAAAUCUACAGCUCAGUGGUGGAAAAAAGAAAUUGAAGAAGUCUACAAUAACCCCAGAGAUCAAUCACAAAGCAUCAAGUUUGAUGGCCUAUGGAUUGAUAUGAAUGAACCUGCAAGUUUUGUCAAUGGUGCAGUUACUGGUUGUAGGAACUCUGAUCUAAAUAAUCCAAUAUAUAUGCCAGACAUUCUGGGAAAACAUGUGGGACUGAAUGAGAAAACAAUUUGUAUGGAAAGUGAACAAAUUCUGCCUGAUGGAAGCCCAGUUCGACAUUAUGAUGUCCACAAUUUAUAUGGGUGGUCACAGACUAAGCCUACCUAUGAGGCUCUGCAUAGUAUCACAGGGGAACGUGGCAUUGUCAUUUCUCGUUCAACAUUUCCAUCGAGUGGCAAAUGGGCAGGGCAUUGGUUAGGUGAUAAUAUUUCAAAAUGGGACCAACUUUACAAAUCCAUAAUUGGUAUGAUGGAAUUUAGCCUUUUUGGAAUAUCCUAUACUGGAGCAGAUAUCUGUGGCUUCAAUGACAACACAACAUAUGACAUGUGUGCUCGUUGGAUGCAGUUGGGUGCCUUUUACCCAUAUUCCAGAAAUCAUAAUGGCAUUGGAUUUGUAAGGCAAGAUCCUGUAGCUUUUGAUAAGGAAUUUGAAGACAUAUCCAGGAACGUGCUUAAUACCAGAUAUACUUUGCUUCCAUAUUUGUAUACACUAAUGUAUGAUGCCCAUGCCCAUGGUAGCACUGUUGUGCGCCCUUUACUUCAUGAAUUUACAGAUGACAAAGCAACAUGGAGUAUACAUGAGCAGUUUCUCUGGGGACCUGUAUUGCUCAUUAGUCCUGCACUACAUGAAAAUGUUACAGAAGUGGAAGCUUACUUUCCGGAUGCCUGCUGGUAUGAUUAUUACACAGAUGAAAACAUUGGCACAAGGCGACAGCAAAGAAGAUUGCCAACUCCUCUUAAUCACAUCAAUCUUCAUCUUAGAGGUGGCUAUAUUAUCCCAUGGCAGUUACCUGGUUUAAACACCAACGCCAGUCGAAAAAAUUUAAUGGGACUUACAGUUGCUUUAGAUGAUAAUGGGGCUGCUCAAGGACUUCUUUAUUGGGAUGAUGGAACAACAAUUGAUGCAUAUGAGAAAGGACUUUACCUCUUACACACGUUUAAUGUCAGCCAGAAUGUCUUGGAUAUCAGGAUUGCCCAUCAAGGAUAUUUUGACCCAAAUAACUUAAAGUUUGGUGAAGUAAAAGUCUUAGGGGCCCAAUUCAACUCUUCUCGAAGUGUGGUUGUACUUCAGAAUGAUGCAAUCAUUCCAUCACCUCACAAAGUAAUGUAUAACUCUACAAAUCAGGCAAUGCAUAUUACAGAUCUUCACCUUUUCCUGGGUCAAGCUUAUACACUGCGAUGGAACUAGCAUCUCUUAUAUGACAAUUUUGUUAUCUGUACCUAUC